UGGACGGUACUGAACGAAGGCUGAAGGAAAAACAGAGAAAUGUCACGUUCUUAUAUUUGUAUUUUUGAAAAAAAACAUGUGCGCGUAAUGUCUCAGAAAUUAUAUAGUCUGUUAUCUCGACGAGAAAUGACUAAUGACAAUUGUAAAUUUAUUACAUAUACCGACAAUUUAAAAUACACACAUUGACAAUUUUUGACCGAUGGUUCGCGAAAGAAACUCGGCGCAACGUAUUAUGCGGAAGUCUCGUUGAGAAAAUGUGCUGUUACCUGCUGGAAUCCUAUUUGGUCCGUUUUUAUGUUCAAAAGUGUCGACGUUUUGUGUCAAACAUCAGACUAGGAUAUGUGGUCUGUGGUUUCGGUCUGAUAGCGUUGUUGGAAUUUUUCGGAGCGUUUGUGCACCCGUUCGAGGUCUCGUACGAUGAGAACUUUGCGUAUCCCUACGAAGGCAACAUACACGAGUUUGUGAGCGCUCUGCGACACAACGAAAAGCCCGAGGUCGAGCCUAUAAACGAAUACAAGCACGUCUUUCUCUUGGAUCAAUCGCAGAAGUGUAAAGAAGAAGACGCGGACGACGAGAUCCGUCUUGUGUUCGUAGUAAAGUCCGCGUUGGAAAAUUUUGACAGAAGAAUCGCGAUACGUAACUCAUGGGGAAUCGAGAAAAGAUUCUUCGACGUGCCAGCGAGGACCGUGUUCAUAGUAGGCACGCAUCCAAACGACGGAGAGCUCGACGCGAGGCUAAAACUUGAAGCGGCUGUCUACAAAGAUGUCGUACAAGCGGAAUUUACAGACUCGUAUUACAACAACACCAUAAAAACGAUGAUGGGUUUUAAAUGGCUGGUGAAAUAUUGCCCCAACUCCAAAUUCUACAUGUUUGUCGACGAUGACAUGUACGUGUCGAUGAAAAAUGUAGCAACGUUUAUCAAAAACCCGGGCAAUUAUCCGCUCUAUCUCAUAGAAACCGGAAAAGUAUACAGUGCACACAAGAGAGAAAUCAAACCAUCCGAUUUGAUGUAUUACGAAGAAACCAACAGUGUUAGAAAUGCAACAUACACCUCAGAGAUCAAUGAUACAAAAAGUUUUAUCGCUCGUAAAUCUUCAAAUGAAAAUACUGAGAAAAAUGAAAUAUAUGAGAAACGUGAAGAUCUCGGGCUGAACACAUCCGUAUUGAACAGAACGAGGCGAGAAAUUCUCAAUUUUGAUCCGCUCGACGAUACAAGAAUGUUCGCAGGAUUCGUAUUUAUGCGGUCAUCGCCGCAGCGACACAAAUUCUCCAAAUGGUACGUUCCGUUGAAGGAAUAUCCGUACAACUUGUGGCCGCCGUACGUCACGGCUGGUGCGUACAUCCUGUCCAAGGAAGCCCUUUUGGAUUUGUAUUACGCCAGUCUCUACACCAAGCACUUCAGAUUCGACGAUAUUUAUCUAGGUCUAGUAGCCAAGAAAGCCAAUAUAGUACCAUUUCAUUGCGAAGAGUUCCACUUCUAUAAAAAAGCUUACACGAAGUAUAGUUACAAGUACGUCAUAGCGUCUCACGGAUACGGAGAUUCUAACGAGCUUCUAGAAGUGUGGAAUGAGCAAAAAAAUCUUGGAAACGCUUAAAAACAACUAU